CAUAAUCUGCUCCAAUCCAAUCGUGUGGGACCUGAGACAGCACUAGGGAAGCAGAGAACUGGCCUGACCUAGGGCACAAGUCCGUCCUGGCCAGUGCCAGCACCGGGUUACCUAGGGCACGGAGUCGGCGGACAACCCCACGGUCCCUAGAGGACUGCCCACGAGAUCUUAGGAUCACUGAAUGACAUCGAGGGACAUGUACCUGAACCAGAAAACGAUGAGUCAAGAACAGUAUUGAUUCAGGACGGACCAACAGUGUUUUGGGCCACAUACAUCUGCUAUUACUGGAUAUUUACAACAUGCUUCAGUGGAGAAGACGACACUGCUGCUUUGCAAAAAUGACCUGGAAUACCAAGAGGUCUCUGUUCCGGACUCACCUUAUGGGUAUACUUUCUCUAGUGUUCCUUUUUGCUAUGUUUUUGUUUUUCAAUCAUCAUGACUGGUUACCAGGUAGACCAGGAUUCAAAGAAAAUCCUGUGACAUACACUUUCCGAGGAUUUCGUUCUACAAAAAGUGAGACAAAUCAUAGCUCCCUUCGGAACAUUUGGAAAGAAGUAGUUCCUCAGACUUUGAAGCCUCAAACAGCAACUAACUCCAAUAACACAGAGUUAUCACCACAAGGAGUUACAGGACUAGAGAACACUCUCCGUGCCAAUGGAAGCAUUUAUAAUGAGAAAGGUACUGGACGUCCAAACUCUUACCAUUUCAAAUAUAUUAUCAAUGAGCCUGAAAAAUGUCAAGAAAAAAGUCCAUUUUUAAUACUAUUAAUAGCUGCAGAACCUGGACAAAUCGAAGCAAGAAGAGCUAUACGGCAAACUUGGGGCAAUGAAACUUUAGCACCUGGCAUCCAAAUCACACGGGUUUUUUUGUUGGGCAUAAGUAUUAAGCUAAAUGGCUAUCUUCAACAUGCAAUUCAAGAAGAAAGCAGACAGUAUCAUGAUAUAAUUCAGCAGGAAUACUUAGAUACAUACUAUAAUCUGACCAUUAAAACACUAAUGGGUAUGAACUGGGUUGCAACAUACUGUCCACAUACUCCGUAUGUUAUGAAAACGGACAGUGACAUGUUUGUCAACACAGAAUACUUAAUACACAAGUUAUUAAAGCCAGACCUGCCUCCUAGACAUAACUAUUUUACUGGCUAUCUAAUGAGAGGAUAUGCACCGAACAGAAACAAAGACAGUAAGUGGUACAUGCCACCAGACCUUUACCCAAGUGAGCGCUAUCCUGUCUUCUGCUCAGGAACUGGUUAUGUUUUUUCUGGGGAUCUGGCAGAGAAGAUAUUUAAGGUUUCUUUAGGUAUCCGUCGUUUGCACUUGGAAGAUGUAUAUGUAGGAAUCUGUCUUGCCAAGUUGAGAGUUGAUCCUGUGCCCCCUCCCAAUGAGUUCGUGUUCAAUCACUGGCGAGUUUCUUAUUCUAGCUGUAAAUACAGCCACCUAAUUACCUCUCAUCAGUUCCAGCCUAGUGAACUGAUAAAAUACUGGAACCAUUUACAACAAAAUAAGCACAACGCCUGUGCCAAUGCAGCAAAAGAAAAGGCAGGCAGGUAUCGACACCGCAAACUACACUAGAAGACUAUUUUUGUUCAAAUGUGGAGUCUGUAAAUAUUGCUUAAAGCAUGUAUAGUUAAAAACUUGAUUAUAUACAUAGGACAAGUUUUAGUUCAACUCAUCCCAUAAAGGAAUUCAAAGCUAUUUUUUAAAUUUCUGAAUAAGAUAAUUCAUACAAUUGCAAAUUAUGACAAAAAGGUAUCCCAAAAGAGUCUAUUUAAAUAACUAUAUAAGGAGAUUCUCUAUAUUAACAUGCAAUAAUAAGCAUGCAUACAUAAAUGGUUCAAGUCUUACAUUAGGGACCAAUACAAUGUUAUCUGCAUACAUUUUCUAUAUAAAUCUUAAGAAAUGAAGACAGUAAAAAGAUUCCUAGAUUUACUUUUGAUUUCACCAUAUAACUAAAUGUAAAUAAGACAGUACUAUUGAUUUUAAAGGAACUUUGUAAUUGUGCAAAGAACAAAUUUUCUGACCUGACUCAGUUGCAAUAAGAUUUAGUUAAGUUAUUCCAUAAACUCAUUUAUAGCAUUCAGGUGUUUGAGCAAUGCAAUUCUCAUUCAAGAAUAUACUUUUAAAAAUAAUUUAUAAUUAUUUUAAUUUCUCUUAUUAAUGCUCAUCUAUACUGGGAAAAUAAUUUUGACAUGAUGUGAUAAAUGUGAAAAAUUAAUGUGUCUCAGGCUCAAGUUUUUAUAAAAUGAAUUAUUAAAGGUAUCAAAAUAGAUAAAUUUUGUUUCCUCAUUGGUAUUAAGGGUCAAGCCCAUAUUUCAAUGGAUUUUGCCUUUAGAUUAAAAUAUUACACUCUUGGGGAGUGCUUUUAUCUUCAACUAUACCUGACUUCAAGUAUGUCUGUAAAAUAGAAUCAUAUUCCUCUAGCUGAAAUACGAGUAGUAACAAAACAGCACAGGGGUGAUAUGCGGUUUUAAAUAAGGAACAAAAAAAAUACAAGUGGUCAUUUCAUUCAAUGUAUUUUAAAAAUGUAUAUCUGCAAACAGCAAGAUAUAAGAAAAGCUUAUAUUCUGAGAACAGGUGUGCAUAAGACAACAGUUAAUCAUUUUAUGGCACUUAUUUCUUUCUCUCAGUGUCAAGUUUAUAAACCUUUGGUUUUUAAUUUGGUAGAUGACAAAUAUUUACAUCAUCAAUUCAAAACCAUUUAGAGACUGUUGGGGAGAAAGCUUCUAUGUUUGAUAACCAUUUGCUUUUAGAGUGGACAAUAUACUUAAUGCACUUUUAUCAAGGUACUAUUGGUUUUUAAAAUGUAAACAACAAAGCCCUGAACUGAAUGCUAUACAAAUGUUCUCAUAUUUCCUUUGGCCCUAUUAUGAACUGUAACAUCAAUAACCACAAGCCCAGUAACUUUGAAACAGUGUAUCUAUGUAAAUUUAUAAAUUUUAAUUAAGUCAGAAUAUUUCCUAUCAGAAUUCUAAUAAUCAUUUUUAUCACUAAAUCUAGUAUGAAAGGAUAAUUUGACAGAAGCACAAAAAGCUUUAUUUGUUAGUAAUACAGAGUUCUACUUAUAUUAAAUGUAUAGCUCAUUUUUUUAAAUAAGAAGCCUAAGUAUUCUAUUCCACACUUAAUGGUUAUCAAUAAUCAGCUAUGAAACAUGCCCAGCUCUUAACUAAAGAUUAUUUUUCACUUAAUUUAUUCUAUGUAAUUGUAGUGAACAGAAUUCCCUCACAAAAAGAUAUAUACAGAGGACAACACCAUACCACACCAGUGAUCAAAGACAGAGACCCUGUCAGUGUACUGAGUCUCUCUGAUUUAUACCACAAAAGUUUAAAAUGAAAACGGGAAGUAUGUAUGUUUUGAGCAUCCUGUACAAGUAUGUAAACAAAAAAAGAACUCCUAAGUGAUAUUUAAAAACUAAGAUAGUAUGGGAUUACUGGGUUUAAAAUACUGACUUUAACUCAGAGUUCUUAAAAAUACUUAAGUGCUUAAUAUCAGGUAUCAAUUUAAAAUUAUUUCCAUUAAUUUGAAAAAAGAAUUUAAUCAUGGUCUGAGUCCUCAGAGAGCAUUAAACCAGUCAAAUUAUUAACGUCAAAAGUCUGUACUUUUGCCUUUGGGGGAACACGUUCUAACACAGCUUCAGCACUUGGAAAAUAAGGCAGGGAGAGAGAGAGAUCGAGGCAAUUUUAGGUUAAACAAUAAAAUCCUAAGAAAACCAU